AUGGGCCAUCUUUACUGCGUAGAUAAUCAUAUCGAAAUAACAGGCUGUAUCAAGCAGCACCGGUUCAUUGCAAAUCGCUUCAUAGCCGCGUACGGUACUAACAAUAUAAUGUGGGGUAAUAUCAUAAUCGUUUUAUUAAUAACUUUCAAAUUUAUUUCGUGUGAAGGCGAUGAGGAUGUUUACGUAGAUAUCCCUGGACAGGGUACACUACGGGGUUUCCGGCGUCAAAUGGACGAAACAACCAACGUUCUAUUCUACGGCAGAAUUCCGUUUGCUGCGCCGCCGGUCGGAGACUAUCGUUUCGCUCGUCCGGGACCCCCGCCGUCGUGGGAAGGUGAGCGUGAUGCAACAUACUAUGGCCAGGCGUGUCCACAAACUUUGGCAAAGGUGUUUGAUACACUUCCAGGAGUUGAUGCAGAAAAGAUGUUUUCAGAAGAUUGUUUAUUUAUGAAUGUGUACGCCCCGGAGGAAGCUGCAAUGGAUACUGACAAUGAAAAGAAGGAUACACAACAAAUGGACAUUUGUCUUUCAACACCUGAAGAAACUUCUCUAUGCCAUGCUGACGAGAUGUCCACCAAUCAGCAACAUAAAUACCUUGAUGACCCGAAAUCAGAUGUAUAUUUAAAAGGAAAUUGGUGGAGCAGAUUUAAACCAAUACACAGAAAGAAGUGCAAAUCUAAAUAUUUACCGUUAGACGAUAUUGGUUUAUUAUCAUUUAUAUAUAUUACAUGGCUAUCUCCAUUGAUUAAGAAAGCAUCCAAGACAGGUUUGACUGCAAAUGAUCUUUGGCAGUGUGGAAAGGCUGACUCGGCAGCAUAUAAUGCACAAAGACUUGAGCAAAUAUGGGAAGAAGAACUGAGAAAAAAUGGAAUUGAGAAAUCGUCUCUUUUUAAAGUUUUUAUAAAAUUCAGCAAAUUCUAUCUUUUGAUUUGUGUUGCUGCUUUGUUGGUGUAUAACACUACGAUAUUUCUCCUCACUGUAAUUACGUUUCACCUCUUGAAGUAUAUUCAGGGAACUGAGACAGAUCUUCGAUAUGCAUUGAGUCUGUGCUUUGGAAUGCUAGGACUAGAAGCUAUACGCUCUGUAGCGAUGUCAUUAAAUUUUAAUCAUUCAUACAGAAUUGGGAUGAGACUCCGAAGUGCCAUUCUGGCUGUAUUGUACAAAAAGGUUUUAUCUCUCAGGAAUUUACAGGACCAGACAAUAGGGGAGAUUAUCAACUUAUGUACCAAUGAUACCCAACGUGUAUUCGAGGCAACAACUUGGGGAAGUUUUAUGAUCAGUGGUCCUCCUCUGGGAAUAGCCAUGGUUAUCUACAGUGCUAUAUUACUUGGACCUGCUGCAUUGAUUGGAAGUUCUAUGUUCUUUCUAGCCUGGCCAUUACAGAUUAUUACAUCAAAGCUAAUUGCCAAGUUUAGAGUAAGCGCUGUGAAAAUAACAGACAGAAGGGUUCGCAUGACUAAUGAAAUGAUCCUCAGUAUCGGACUAAUCAAAAUGUAUGCAUGGGAAAUUCCAUUUGGAAAGAAAAUUCAAGAAAUUCGGAAUAACGAGAAGUCAUUCUUGGAGAAAGCUGGUUAUGUUAACUCUGCUAGUUAUUCUGUCACUCCCGUCGUUCAAGUUAUGGCAGUAUUCUUGACUUUCACAGUCCAUAUCUUGACUGGAAACGAAUUGACAGCAGCCACGGCCUAUGGAGUAGUUUCUCUAUUUAUAAUAACAAAGAUUAUGUUGUCGUCUCUUCCACGAUCAGUCAAGUUCACUGCCGAGUCAGUUGUUGGAGCUCAGAGAAUGAAAAAACUUCUGUUGAUGGAAGAAAUUAAACCACAUAAUGGGGUACCUGAGUGUGGAGAUAAUGUAUUAGAGUUCACCGCGGCAACCUUUGCAUGGGAUAAACAGAGCAACCAGAUGAAUGCAACUCUGAACCAGUCUGUAGAAAGUAGGCUGAUAGACAAUGCUGAUAUUAGUAACCAUGGCAAUGCAACAUUAUUUGACAUUAACCUAACCAUUAUGAGGGGUCAGCUGAUUGGGAUGUGUGGUAGCGUUGGUAGUGGUAAAUCAUCGAUCAUAUCGGCCAUAUUGUCUCAAAUGCAGCUAAUAUCCGGCAGCGUUUCCAUUGAUGGGAGCAUGGCUUACGUCUCCCAACAACCAUGGAUUGUUAAUGCCACAUUUAAAGAAAAUAUAUUGUUCGGUCUUCAAUAUGAUGAGCAGUUAUAUGAUAAAUGUAUACGUGCAUCAUGUCUUCAAGACGAUAUUGAUAAUUUACCAAAUGGCAUUGAAACUGAGAUUGGAGAGAGAGGUAUUAAUUUAAGUGGUGGUCAGAAACAGAGGGUGAGCCUAGCUAGAGCGUUGUAUGCUGAUAGUGAUAUAUACUUAUUAGAUGACCCACUGAGUGCAGUAGAUACACAUGUUGGACAGCAUAUUUUCAAUUAUUAUAUUAAAGAAGCUCUGCAGGGUAAAACAGUGUUGUUUGUUACUCAUCAGCUGCAGUACUUGAAUGGUUGUGACGAGAUUCUGGUUAUGCAAGGUGGCAGAAUUCAUGAAAGUGGAACACAUAAACAAUUAAUGACUUCCGAUGGUCAUUAUGCAAAUUUAAUAAAACGAUUCCAUACUGAUGAAGGUAUAGAAGAAGAUGGUUCAAUUGAUAUAUCUAUGUCGAAUAUCCCAAACAGUUUAAAUAGCGAUAAAAGUAUCCUGUUUGAGCCCGACGUUCAUGGUGGUUCGUCGGUGAAAAUUGCUUCUUCCAGAAUAUCGAUUGCUACCAGUGUUGAUAGCAUCGGCGAAUGUAAUGGUGGUGAAUUAAUGACCAAGGAAGAACAAUCAGAAGGCAAUGUCAAAUUGGCUACAUAUCAUGGUUAUAUACAAAGCGCUGGCGGAUAUAUGAUUUCAUUCUUCACAAUAUUCACACUGUUCGUGGCCCAUGGUUGUUUUGCUGCUAGUAGUUGGUGGCUUGGUUAUUGGAUCACUCAUACAAAUACGUGUACACUGAAAGCUUCAACUAAUUUGCAUAACAAAGUUUUCAACGUAGUAUUCAGAAGUCCUAUGACGUUUUUUGACACAACGCCAUCAGGACGAAUUCUUAAUAGAUUCUCAAAAGAUCUAGACGAAGUUGAUGUACAGUUGCCGACUACAAUUGAAGUGAUGCUGUACUAUUCUUCUAGUAUAUUUUUUACUUUUCUGUCCAUAUCUCUGGUGUUCCGAUGGUACUUAUUGGCUUUCAUCCCAUUUAGCAUAUUUUUUAUUGUCAGUUAUUCAUACUUUCGUCAUGCAAUGCGUGAACUAAAGCGCCUUGAGAAUAUAAGCCGAUCACCAUGGUUUUCACACAUGACGGCAACUAUCCAAGGAUUGUCCAUUGUCCAUGCCUAUAGGAAACAAAUGGAAUUCUACAAAAGAUUUACAGAUUUAGUGGAUCUAAAUUCGAUUCCCUUUCUGUUGUUUAAUCUGACAAAUCGGUGGAUCGCUGUAAGGUUGGAUAUAAUCGCCAUGACAACUUCAAUAUUUACUUCCCUGAUGGCAGUUCUAACUCGUGGUCUGAUACCCCCAGCAUAUAGUGGAAUAGCCCUCUCAUACACAUUACAGAACUUGAUAUCAGAAGCACCAGCAGUAACUGAGAAUAGACCGCCUGAUAACUGGCCGCAUGCAGGUGCAAUUAAGGUAAACGAACUGAAGAUGCGUUUCCGUGAAAACCUUCCUCUCGCUUUAAGAGGAGUCUCUUUCAAAGUGGAGCCAAUGCAGAAGAUAGGACUUGUCGGUAGAACUGGAGCAGGGAAAUCUUCUCUUGGUGCUUGUUUAUUUCGUCUGAGGGAGCCAACUUCAGGUGCUAUUUAUAUUGAUGGAAUUGAUACAGGAACUUUAGGAUUACAUGAUUUGAGAUCAAGAUUAUCCGUAAUUGCGCAAGAUCCUGUUUUGUUUGUUGGAACUGUCAGAUAUAAUUUGGACCCAUUUCAACAACACUCUGAUGAGAAGGUGUGGUCUGCAUUGGACAAGUGUCACAUGAAAAGCACGAUUCUUGAACUCGAAGGAAAAUUGGAUGCCUCCGUUGUUGAAAAUGGUGAGAAUUUUUCAGUUGGAGAAAGACAGUUACUAUGUAUGGCAAGAGCGUUGCUCAGAAAAUCAAAGAUCCUACUGUUGGAUGAGGCCACUGCUUCUAUUGAUACAGCGACUGACAGUCUUAUACAACAAACAAUUAAAGACGCAUUUCAAGAUUGUACUAUGUUAAUAAUCGCACACAGGCUGAACACUGUCUUGAAUUGUGAUAAAAUUAUGAUCAUGGACCAGGGAAAGGUUAUUGAGUUUGACAAACCCUCCCUCCUUCUUGCUGAUUCAAAUUCAAGAUUCAGUGCAAUGAUGGCAGCUGCUGAAAAACAAUGA